ACUAAGGGAAAACGGGCGGAGAGGAGAACGGUCCAUGCUGCUGAAGCCUGUGGGAAGGUCCCUGUUGAAGAGUGGUUGACAUUAAGGAGAUCCUGCUGGGGAUCCUCUCAGACAGGAGGAUAAAAGGCGACAGGGCAGCAUGCAGAUCUGUCUGCUCCUUUCAUCCUCUCACCCUUACUGCAGGAUUUAGGAGAUCAAAAAUCAUUUGGAUCAGAAGCAAGAGCUGAAGGAAGAACUUGAAUCCCUCUGGAGGACUCCUCAGCCUUUUGCGUGGACAGACAGCAGGGUCUGACAGGGUUAAUGGCUGAUCGGGUGCUUGUGAUUGGCAGUGGAGGGAGAGAGCAUGCGCUGGCCUGGAAGUUGGCCCAGUCCCCACAUGUAAAACACGUGUUUGUGGCUCCAGGAAAUGCAGGAACAGCUGACAAUGGAAAAAUUUCCAAUUCAGCUGUGUUAGUGAGCAAUCACACUAUUGUUACACAGUUCUGCAAAGAUCAUAACAUUGGACUUGUGUUAGUUGGGCAAGAAGCUCUUUUGGCAGCUGGGAUUGUUGAUGACUUGAGAGCAGCAGGAGUUAGGUGUUUUGGACCAUCUGCAAAAGCAGCCCAGCUGGCAUCCAAUACCAUUUUUGCCAAAGCCUUUCUGGAUCGACAUGGGAUACCAACAGCAAGAUGGAAAGCCUUCACUAAUCCCCAGGAAGCUUGUAGGUUUAUUAUCAGCACAGAUUUUCCUGCAUGUGUUGUACGGGCAAGGGGCCCUGCUGCUAGAAAAGAAGUGACUAUUGCAACCAGCAAAGAGGAAGCCUGCAGAGCUGUCCAAGAGAUUAUGCAGGACAGAAUGUUUGGAGAGAUGGUUGUUGUUGAAGAACUUCUUCAAGGGGAAGAACUUUCUUGCUUGUGUUUCACGGAUGGUGUCACUGUUGCCUCAAUGCCCCCAGCCCAGGCCCACAAACGAUUAUUGGAUGGUGACCAGGGUCCAAACACUGGAGGGAUGGGAGCCUAUUGCCCAGUUCCUCAGGUUCCAGAAGUUCUUCUAGAGAAAAUCAAUGAUGCUAUCCUUCAACAUGUUGUUGACAGUAUGAGACAAGAAGGAACAGCAUAUGUAGGUGUGUUGCAGACAGGUUUAAUGCUCACCAAAGAUGGUGUGAAAAUUUUAAACUUUAAGUGUCAGUUUGGUGACCCUCAGUGCCAGGUAAUUCUUCCACUGCUUAAAAAUGAUUUUUACGAAGUGAUUCAAGCAACAAUUGAUGGCAAACUCUGCAGCUUCAUGCCUGCUUGGUCAGAAAAUAGUACAGCAGUGUGUGUGGUCAUGGCAAGUCCAGGAUACCCAGGAGACUAUGACAAAGGCAUGGAGGUAACAGGGCUGCUGCAAGCCAAAGAGUUAGGGCUGCAGGUGUUCCAUGCUGGCACAACGCUGAAGGAUGGCAGAGUUGUGACAAGUGGUGGCAGAGUCCUCUCCAUUACUGCUGUUAAGGAGGACCUGAUAAAAGCACUGGGAGAAGCCAACAGGGGUGUAGCGGCUAUACGUUUCAAGGGUGCCACUUACAGGAAGGACAUUGGCCAUCGGGGUAUACAGCUUCUCAAACAGUCUCUGGGUCUAAUAUACAAAGAGAGACGUGUGGAAGCUCUAAUCAGUGAUGUUUUGUUUCAUCAGCUGGAAACAUCAGUUGUAAGUGGUACCAGAUCAGGCAGUCAUUCAGAAAUAGGAGGCUUUGCUGGUUUCUUUGACUUGAAAGCAUCUGGUUAUGAUGAUCCUAUCUUGGUAUCUCAAGCUAAAGGCCUUGGACCUAAACUGCAGAUUGCACAAGUAUGUAAGAAACACGACACCAUAGGUCAGGACCUGGUUGCCAUGUGUGUGAAUGCCAUCCUAGCUCAAGGAGCAGAGCCUCUCUUCUUUUUAUACUAUUUUGCUUGUGGCAAACUAGAUGUUGAAGUGACUGAAACAAUCAAAGAAGGAAUAGCUGAAGCUUGCAGAAAUGCAGGAUGCGCUUUCCUGGGCAGGGAGAUGGCUGAGGUGACCGGCACGUAUUCUUCUGGAGAGUAUGAUUUGGCUGGCUUUGUGGUUGGCGCAGUUGAGCGAGGGCAGAUGCUUCUGCAGCUGCAGAGAGCUGAUGAGGAGGAUGUGCUUGUUGGACUGGCCUCUUCUGGGAUUCAUGGCCGUGGCUUUAGCAUCAUAAGGAAGAUUCUCUUAAUGUCCUCCUUACACUACUCCUCACCAGCACCAGGCAGUUGUGGUGAAAAGACUCUAGGAGAUAUAUUGCUGAACCCAUCAAAAAUGUACAGUCCAUCUUUGCUGCCCAUUCUUCGCUCAGGGCACGUGAAGGCUUUUGCCUUCAUUGCUGAGGAAGGGUUGGUGGAAGGCAUCUCCAGAAUCCUGCCAGAACAUGUCGGUGCUGUCCUAGAUGCUCUCAGCUGGAAGAUUCCCGAAAUCUUUUGCUGGAUUUACAGAGAGGGAAACCUCUCAGAGGAGGAGAUGGUUCAGACAUUUCACUGUGGGAUCGGUGCAGUCUUGGUUGUGCAGAAAGACCUGGGUCAGCAUGUUCUUAAGGACAUACAGAGACACGAGGAAGCUUGGCUGAUUGGGAAAGUUGCUGCCCCUUGUCACACAGGUUCUCACAUCAAAGUCGAGAAUCUCCUUGAAGCUCUGCAGCUGAGCAGCCCCCAGCACCUGCUGAACACUGUUGUCGAGAGUCAAAACCAACCCAGAAAAAACAAAGUUAAAGUAGCUGUUCUCAUCUCUGGAACAGGCACAAACCUUGCUGCGCUCAUCAGUUACGCAAAAGAGCCAGGCAGUUGUGCUCAAGUUGUCCUUGUCAUCUCCAACAAGUCUGGUGUGGAAGAACUACGAAAUGCAGCCCGGGCUGGAAUCCCCACCAGGGUGAUUGAUCAUAAGUUGUAUGGGAGUCGCUCUGAAUUUGACAGCACAAUUGACCGAGUUCUUGAAGAGUUCGCUGUUGAAUUAAUAUGUCUUUCAGGAUUUAUGAGAGUUUUGUCUAGUCCUUUUCUCAGAAAAUGGAAAGGGAAAAUUCUGAAUGCUUCCCCAUCACUUUUCCCACCAAUCAAGGAUGGAAAUGCCCAUCAGCAAGCCUUGCAUAGUGGAUUCAAAGUCACAGGCUGCACUGUGCAUUUUGUCCUGGAGGAAUCUAGUCCGAAAGCAGUGAUCCACCAGGAGCCGGUGUCAGUGAAGGCAGAUGACACUGAGGAGAUGCUGUCAGAAAGAGUUAAAGAAGCCGAGUGUCGGGCUUUUCCCAUCGCUCUGCAGCUGGUGGCCAGUGGAGCAGUGCAGUUAGGAGCUGAUGGUAAAACCUACUGGAAACAGGAGAGCCAAAGUCUCUGUCUUCAAGAAGAGAAGAGAGACUGCAUGUCCUCUUUUGUGGCCAUGGAGCCUCAAGAAACCGAUGUGGUGUAAGCAGCUUGCUCUGCCCAUCUUUCUCUCCUCCCUCCUCCUUCUUGCCCUCGAUCUGUUAAAAAGCUCCAGUUAAAAAGUCUAAUUUUUUUCUUUGAUUUUUGUUUUUGAUGCGUAGCUAGCAGUGUUUCAGUAGUUCAGGAGGGGAGAAAAAUUCAGUUGCUUCUCACAAGCUCUGCCAUUUAUGUACGGAAAUCUGUACUUGGCUCUUGCACUCCAAUGAGUGGAGCAAGGGACGUGUACUUUUCACGAUCUGGAAGGAACAGGAAGAACUGUGACAAAGCAAGAUUAACAAAUAUUUGGUAUGUAUGGAUAACUUUUAUGAAUUAGAAUCAUAGCUUAGAAUCAUAGAAUCACUUGGUUGGAGAAGACUUCUGAGAUCACCAAGUCCACUACGAAACUAUAUCCCUGAGCACUUCAUCUCCUCGUCUUUUAAACGCCUCCAGGGAUGGUGACCCAAUCAUCAAUAACCCUUUCAGUGAAUAAUUUUUUCCUGAUGUCCAGUCUGAACCUCCCUUGGCACAACUUGAGGCUGUUCCCUCUUGUCCUAUCACCUGUCACUCGGGAGAAGAGACUAACACUCGCCUCACUAGACCCUUCUUUCAGGCAGUUGUAAAGAGUGAUGAGGUCUACCCUCAGCCUCCAUUUCUCCAGACAGAACAACCCCAGUUCCCUCAGAUACCUCUCAUAAGGCUUGUGCUCCAGCCCCUUCACCAGCUUUGUUGCCACGUUUAGUUUGCUUUUGAUCUGUUCUAACUGUGUAGUAACUUCCCGUUGUAUGUUAUUUGAAUUGCACAGCACAGCACGCAUGACAAAAUGUUCCAAGAUUAACAAAUAAAAUGUUAAAAGAGAAGAGAGUGCCAGUUAUUGUGCUCUUAUGGGUAUCCAGAUGAUCACCACAGUAUCAAACAACUCUUUCUCUAAUUGUGUUCCUGACAUCCCUCUGAGAUUGUGUGGAUAGUCUGUUAAUCUAUGUAUUCUUUUCACAGAGUGGUAAUUGAAGCAAAGCCAUCCCGGAUUCAGUUCACAAUGAAAUUUCUUUUUAUGCAUUUGUAGACAUAGAGAUAGGUGCUUAAAUCCUAUUUGUCAUCAGUCUUAGAUGGCAACUAUACCUGAGUCUUCCUCAGGCUGCCUGUGAUGGAUCAGGGUAUUGGAAGUGGAGCGCCCAGUCUUCUGAUGUUGGCUUUUCUGGCAGCGAUCAAACUGCUUUUAUCAAUAAUGUUGUAUUUAUUAACUGUACAGGUAGCAGUUUCACCUCUAGUAGUCUUACUUCUUCCAGCGUCUGAGGUAAUUUAAGUACAGUUUCUUCUGACUUGUAAAAUGUUUGCUUUGUCUCGGCGAAAGCCCUGAACUUGUGCAGGCUGAAGCCCUGCCAGAGCUGGAUGCUUUCUGCAUCUUUUACAUUCUCCCUGAGACAGACUGGAUUCCAGGCCUUGGCGGGCAGCUUGGCUGCGGGGGGAGGGCAGCUUGGUGAACAAAAACCCUGGAAUGAAGACUUAGCUUUUAUUUUUUGCCCUUUACAAGCAAAUUAACUUUGACCAUAUCCAUUUUCUUCUGUACUUGCUUGAGCUUUAUCUUCGGUGACAAAUGAUGACGGGAAUAGUUUGUCAGCAAGUUUCUCCAUCACAGAGCAUGUGACCA